AUUAAUUCUUUCUAUCAAUCAUCAUUUAAUUCGAUCUUGUUUUGUGGAAAAAAAUGACGGUUGAAUUGAAAAAGUUUCUCUAUGAAUUAUUGAGCAAUGUGGAAGGCCUGCAUAGCAUAUUAAUUACAGACAGAGAUGGAGUGCCUGUCAUAUCUGUAGCCGAUGAAAAGGCACCAGAAUUAGCUACAAGAGCUAGUUUCUUAUCUACUUUUGGAAUGGCUACAGAUCAGGGAAGUAAAUUGGGUCUUGGAAAAAACAAAACUAUUAUAUGCAUAUAUAGUAAUUACCAGGUAAUUCAGAUGAACAAGUUACCAUUGGUUGUUAGUUUUAUUGCUAGUCACAAUUGCAACACUGGCCAUAUAUUAUCAUUGGAAAAUAAGAUUGAUCCUAUCUUAUGUAGUUUAAAAAAUGCUGUAGUGGAAGCCUGAUGGUUACCUGUUGUUCAUUAUGGGUGAUAAAUGUUGAACAUGGACCUCAAAUUUGUGGAUUGUUGUAAAUAUUACAUAAGUAAUGUUUAUUCUACAUUAAGCAGUUUUUUUCAAGGAUAACAGAUGGACUGAUUAGCUAUCAUGGUGGAUACCGGAUUCAUUUAAACUCAUAGUAUUUCUAGUUGUGUUAUUAAAUAAAAAAUAAAGAUAUCUAUGUUACAUGUUUUAUUAAAAA